AGCCGCUCUGAGAGAGACAGUGUUGUUUGGCCGAGCAGCAGAGCCUUGCCUUCAGACAGCAGGAAUGUGGGAUGUCUGGAGUGGGGGUCAGGAAGCGAGGAAAGAAUGCCAAGCAUGUCCAUGUUUGUCCAGGGCUGGCUCUCCAUUCAGCCCCCAGUGACGUGCUUCCAGGGCCAGCGAGUAUAAAGGGAGCACGGCUCUGCAGUCAGAACUCAGAUCAACUCCUCUACUGAAGCUAAACUCUAGCUUUCACCAAGAAAGGAAAGGAAAGACUGUGACCGGAGCAGCAGAGAAACGCUACAGCGAGACAAGAGAUCAACUUGAUCAGAAAAGGUUUCUCAAGCUCAAACUCUGAGACUAAAGGAAAACUUUCUCAACAAGACUUAAGGAAAAACUAGAAUCUGUUUCUACAAGGAAGAAAAGAUGUCUGGAAUGAAGAAAAUGAUUUUGCUGCCUUUCCUGUGCAUCAUGCUCUCACACAUGGCUGCAGGUCAGGAGUGCAGCAACCAGUGUUCGUGCCCCUCCACUCCCCCUCAGUGCCCCCCAGGAGUGAGCCUGGUGCUGGACGGCUGCGGAUGCUGCAGGGUGUGCGCCAAACAGAUGGGCGAGCUCUGCACUGAGAAAGACCUCUGUGACCCACACAAAGGCCUCUACUGUGACUUCGGAGCCCCCAUCAACAGACGCAUUGGAGUGUGCACAGCUCGAGAGGGAGCCACAUGUGUGUUCGGAGGCAUGGUGUACAAGAGCGGAGAGACUUUCCAAAGCAGCUGCAAGUACCAGUGUACCUGUCUGGAUGGAGCUGUGGGCUGUGUCCCUCUUUGCUCCAUGGACAUCAGGCUGCCCAGCCCUGACUGCCCCAUGCCGAGACGGGUCAAGGUGCCAGGGAAGUGCUGCGAGGAGUGGGAGUGCGAUUCUCCCUACAGACACAGUUUCAUGGGCUCUGCUUUGGCCGCCUACAGAGAGGAAGAGACCUAUGGCCCAGAUCCCUCCAUGAUGAGGGAGAACUGCCUGGUCCAGACUACUGAAUGGAGCGCGUGCUCUAAGACUUGUGGCCUUGGGAUCUCCACCAGGGUCACCAAUGAUAACCGCGAAUGCCGCCUGGAGAAACAGACCCGGUUGUGUAUGGUGCGACCAUGCGAGUCACAGCUGGAGCAGAGCAUUAGGAAAGGAAAAAAAUGCAUCCGUACUCCCAGACUCUCCAAGCCCAUGAAGUUUGAGAUCUCUGGCUGCACCACCACCAAGUCCUACAGGCCAAAGUUCUGUGGUGUCUGCCUGGAUGGCCGCUGCUGCACCCCCCACAGAACCACCACCCUGCCCAUGGAGUUCAAAUGCCCUGACGGACAGGUCAUGAAGAAGCACAUGAUGUUCAUCAAGUCCUGUGCCUGCCACCACAACUGCCCUGGCGAGAAUGACAUCUUCGAGUCCAUGUAUUACAAGAAGAUGAUGGGAGACAUGGCGUGAGCCACUGAAGGACGAUCACAGCUUAUGACUUGAAAACAAACAGAACUCCAUCUCAUUUUGCAGCUCAUUAUAUAUGUUUUUUUAUGUUUUAUUUUGUCGUUUUCUCAUUGUAAAAGUAGUCCAGACACUUGUCUAAGUGUCUGUGUGUUUUAUAGGGCUGGUGCACAUCAGCCAUAUAGACUCAGACAGAGGGUUGCAUAGCAGCUCCACGAGAUUCCUGCACUAUAACUUCUAUUUUUGACAAACCUACUGUCAGGUUUCCGCCCAUUCCCCUUGAAAUCCCGCUUACAGACCCGUCCAUUUUACUGUAUGCAUUUUUAUACCUUAUCUAAACCAUGACCUCCUCUCUAAUGAGGUGUCUAAUAACUCCCCCCACCCUUCGAGCCCAGACCAGACCUGCAAACUCUAAGCAGCUGUAGAUGGAGCACGCAGAACCACAGCAGGCCAGUGUUCCCCUGUACAAACAGGUCUGAAUGUGUCCUUGUGUGUGUGUGUGUGUGUGUGUAUGUCAGCGCAGGCCUGAAUGUCGGCCUUGUCUCUGUGGCUACACGUUGUUCACUCUGCUCAUAGAGUAGAGGAAAGGUCAGAGUUUCCGCCCAGCAUGUGGAUGAGAAAGCAAGCAGAGUGCUGAGUUUAGGUUAGAUAUGGAACAUGGUGGGCUUUGCCACGGCACUGAGAAAAAAAGAAAAAAACGACAUGUUGACUAUUAUUGAUUCAGGUCAGAAGGAAGAAACCAAGUGUCUAUAAGAACAAAAGUGUCUAUUUUGUACAAAAAUAGAAGAAAAGACUGGAAGAAUUGUAAUUUCAUUCCUUUUUUAUUGUUGAUGUGUAAAUUAUGUAUAUAUUUGUACAGUUUAAGUUAAUUUAAAAGGCAAAUGUGUUCUGUGCUUCGAAGUGUAUCGAUAGUGUAUGACAGUAUUUUUUAUUUUAUUGAGAAGUGUGACAAAAAUGUUACAUGUUUCACUUUAUAGCUGGAAAUAAAAUGUUAUAUUUUUAUACAAA